AUGCCUUCAAAGAUUUUCAGGAGUUUGAAUUGCACGAAAUGCAAGAAACCGUUCACUCCGACCACAGAUGAGCCAACUUCACCGCAGAUCGAUGAAUGCGGAAAUGCGAUUUGCAAGAAAUGUUUCGACAAAACUUAUGCAAAUGGAAUCCUCGUCAAUUCACCCAAUCAAACAACAGCUUAUUUUCUGAUUGAACUUCUCUCGAAUGAUUCACUCGUUUUGACGAUUGAUCGAAAGGGUUACAAACUUGUCAAAGAUUGGAAACAGCCGGAAUGUGUGGUCUGUCAUGAGGAAUUUUCUCCAUCAAUCGAUUCGCAUUUCCCUUGUAUUCUCUCUUGUCGUCACGUCAUUUGCAUUGAAUGCUCGGAAAUUAUUCGUAAAGAAAAGAAAUCGGUCGCACAAUUGGCGUGUCCAAUUUGUGCACAAAUGAGUGCAUAUCCGGAGAAGGGAACAAUGACGAAGAAGAAUGUUUAUCUUGAAUUCCUCAAUGAACUCCCACAAAUGAUCGAGGAAUUCGAAUUCUCAAAGCUUGGCUUAAAAAAGUGUAUUCAGUGUGAGGAAAGUACAACGAUUGACAAGAUGUACGGAUGUGUGACAUGUGAUAAUGGGUCAAAUGAACACAUUCGAGCCGCCGGCUUUUCCCGACGAAUCAGCAAUUAUCUCAUCGAGAAAGUAUCCGAUUUCACAAGAGGACCAAAUCGAGCGAAUAUCUUCAAAAGAAUCAUUUCGCCACGUCGUGGGCCAAUCACUGAAUAUCAUGUUUGUGGAACAUGUAUGUUUCGAGGUCAUCGACACCAUUUGAUCAGGGAACUUACAGUGAUUGAGGCUGUGAAAAUGAAAGACGAGUUGGGGAAAGCUGUGACGAAUUGUCUGCACACUUAUUCGAAAGGGCUUUUCCCGGGAUUGAGUGAGCAAAUUUCGGAGAGAAUUGCUGAAUUUGAAGAGAAAAUGCUCAUCAAAAUGAAAAUGAUGGAGGAAAUCGAGAAUUUCGAGGAAAUCCAAAGAUUUCAUCGAGAAUUCAGUCAAUUGAUGACUCGUUACGAAGAGAUUUGCGAGAGUUUUGUGCCGCAUUUGCGGGGAUUCGAGAUGAAAAUUAUGAGCCUCUUGGCGGAAGUGGAGACUAGU